AGCGGCAGGAGGAAGCCAAAGCAUCAAGCUCUGUCUUGUGAUUUAUUUAUUUAUUUUUUUUUUUUUUUCUGGGAGAAACGUUAGCUUUCCGAUAGCUCUGUAGACGAGCCCGUGGCUGCUUCCUCCCUGCCCAAACACAGCCAGAUUUUGGCAGUUUUCCCGGAGCACAGUAGUCCUUGGAGUACAGAAGCGGUCGUAGCCAGGUCAGCUUCCUCGUGGAAAGCAGGAGCGACGGGGCACUGAGGCAGAGUUUGGCCGAGAUUGACAUGGCAAUGCGUCGUGGUGCAGAGAACGAUGCAGCUGAGGUCCCCCAGAGGCGACCGCGACUGCCGGAUGCUUUCCAGCAGGAGGAAAGGGAGACGCUCAGGAAAUACGAGAAGAUGGAGGAGAGGGUCAGAAAAAUUCUGACCGCCUCGUGCGAGAAGAUAUCCCACCUCUUUCAUCUGAAGGACAUGCCCGAGCACCUGGCUUAUCUCCGGGACCGCAUCACGACCCUCAGCUCCAAGCUUAACUUCGAGCCCAUCUACAUCGGGCUCUUCGGGAGCAGCGGCGCGGGGAAGAGCACCCUGCUCAACACCAUCCUCCACAAGCGCUUCUUCCUCCCGGUGUCAGGGACACGCGCCUGCACCUCCUGCCAGGUUCAGAUCAGCACCUGCGGCAGCAGAGAGUACAGAGCCAAGAUUUUUCUCCUCUCCAACGAGGAGUGGAUGGACGAGGUGAGGAGCCUGCUGGCAUUCCUGGAGACGGACAGGGAGGCUGAUGAGAAUGACAGCGACAAAGAUCACGCCGUUCGAGCGCUGCAGGCUGUCUACGGGGAAGGAGCGGAGAACAGGACUUACGAUGAGCUGGUGAAAGCCAAGCCUGCCAUCACUAUUCCCCACUCCAGAGUUAUUGAUCUGAAAACGGCAGAGGCAGAAGUUCUCUCCCAGGAACUGGACCCGUACAUCCGCAACCUGGAGGGCAACGAGGGGCCUGGGGAGGGGGGUGCCGCCCUCCACAAGGAGCAGACGCGGCUCUGGCCCCUCAUCAAGUACGUGCAAGUGACUCUUCCCGCGUCCGACUUCGUGCCUGAAGGGGUCAUCUUUGUGGACAUCCCGGGGACGGGCGAUUCCAACAAGAAGAGGGAUGAAAUGUGGAAAGAGAGCAUCCUGCAGUGCACAUCCAUUUGGGUCAUCGCUGAUGUUGAACGCGUUGAUGGGGCCAGAGCACAUGAAAACAUGCUGAAAGAGGCGAUUACAGCUUGCAUGAUUGGCAAGUGCAGCGAUAUCACCUUUGUGGUCACCAAGAUGGAUAAGAUCAGCCGGGAGGAGUACAUGCGUGACCAUCCCAAUGCACCGAAGGAUCUAAGCACGCACGAUGCCAUUUUGGAGACAAAAAAAGACCUGAAAACAAGAAAGAAGAGAGCAAUAAGGCACAAGAUGGAGAUGAGACUGCCCAGCGACACAGAGGUGGUGGAGAAGGCGGACCUGGUGUUCACCGUCAGUGCCAAGGAGUACUGGAACCCCACGGUCCUCACGAUCGAGGAGACAGAAAUCUCCAUGCUAAGGGACCAAAUCAGGAAGCUCUGCCUGAACGUGAGGAGAAAUCAGCUGCAAGAGCGCAUGCGGGAGAUCCUUGUCAUCUUCUCCCUGGUGGACGUUUUCCACACCAUGCAGCUGAACCCGGGUCCAGCCCCGCAUCAGGACAGGCUCAACGCGUUUGUGUCAACGAAGAUCCAGAAGCUGGAGAAGACGGCUCAGGACAUUUUUAAAGAGAUGGAUUUGCUUCUUACCAAUGGGGUGAAGUCUGCCCAAAAUUCACACAGGAAGAAAAUUGAAAAUAUCUUUGCGAUAGGCGAGAAGUCCAAAGGCUUCUACAGGACCCUGAAAGCUGUGUGCAGGAGGAACGGGGUGUACGUGUCCCGCGUCUUCCACCGCAUAAACAUCAACAGAAGCCUGGCUGAGCCCAUCUACGCAGCAAUUGAAAUGACGUUUGCAAACAUAUUCAGAAAACAGAUGCUCACGAGGAAGAGUCUGCAGGCUGCCAUCAAUGGGUUCAGCACGGUGGUAAAAGGCGAAUUCAUGGUGUUUGCGAGGGACACGAAUAUGAAUGAGUCCAAGCUCCAAUUCCUCUUACAAGAGACCGACAUCAUCAUGAGAGCUCUCGAAAGAGAAAUCCUUCUGAAAAAGAAGGCCAUCUAUGAGUCGCUUGAGCUGUCCAUCCAAAGCACCUUAACGCCGUAUUACCAAGAGGCUGAGAAGAUAAGUGGGAAGGACACGUACAAGCAGAUCAAAAGCAUACUGACAAAGAGCAUCGAGGUGGAGGUACAGCAGGAGAUGUUCAAGAAAGCGAAGGAAAGGAUGAUGAGCCAGUUCCGGGAGCUGACGGAGCAGAUGAGCACAAAGCUCAGCAAGGAUUUCCUCGGCAUGCUCAGCGUCAUCUUCAGCCAGUGUGACACACCGGUCAGCGUGCUGCCAGAUCUGCAGGAAGAAUACCAAGAAAUCCUGGAUAUGCUGAAAAACUUGUGACAGCCUGGCUGACCAAAAAGGCCGGCGCGAAGAGGCUUUCUUUACAUUUUGAGCAUUUCUUUUUUAUCUUUUUGCUUUUAUAUUUUUUUUGCUUUUACUCAUUCAGUUCAUUGCUUUGCUUUGGUGGCCAGCUUGAAGUAGAAAUUUUAAAGAUGGCAGGGGUUAGACUGAGCAGCUUGACCACAGGCUCAUGGGGACCCAGAAUGGAGUGGGUCCCUUGGGGGUCCUGUCUCACACCCCUCCUAUUUUUCCCCUUGCCAGCCUUUUCCAGCGAGCCCUGGAGGUGCAACCAUGAGACCUCGGUUGCUUUCUUGAACGUGUUCAAGGAAACAGGACAACAGAUGAUUAGUUUGAUUGCAUUGGUACAAAAAAUAUAUAGUUUAUGUGUGUUUUUUAUAAUCUUUUCAUAAAAGUAAAUCCUUUUCUACUAUGCAUAUCAGUUCUCAAGUGUAAGCCAGCAGGGUAAGACACCCAUGUCUGAAUUAAAGCCGGAAGCAUCCCCAGAGAAAUUGGGAGUGUGGCAGGUAAGCAGCAAAAGCCACAAAAGCACAACUCUGCUGGAAACGAUUUACAUGAAAUCUAAUAAAAUACAAACCUUUUUGGGUUC